GCUUCUUCCUUUCAAUUAAGUUUCUUCAUUCUCCACUCGAUAACACAAACUUCAUUCUACACAAUUAGAAAGAAAAAAAUUAGACAUGUCUCCACAAACAUAAAUAAGAUUAGUUGUUUAAAAUAUUAAAUAUACAGAGAAAAUUAAUUAUAUGUGUGGGCGGGUACCCACGGGUCGGGUUUACCUAAACCCAAACCCAACCCAACCCGAUAAAUAGUGAACGGGUUUAAACCCAAACUCGACCCAAAACCCGUCAACACGGAUUUUACCCGCGUUGACCGGGUUGGGUCGGGUGGGUACCCGUGGGUUCGGGUUUGGUUGCCAUCCCUACGUCCAGUCUACCGGGGGCGUCCAUGACAACGGGAGGCGUCCACAGGAUGCCUCCGGCUCCUAUAUAAGGAGACCAGACCCUCCAAGCAAGGCGACUUCUCUUCCUUCCCACAUUUUACCACUGAUGGUUCUCUCUCUAAACCCUAUCUCUCUCUACACUCUAUUAUAUAUCCUAUUCUAACUUGACCGUCGGAGUGUAGAUCACGGGGACCGCCCCGACUAUCCACAAGAUUCUUCUUCCACUCCCGAGGAGAUCAGACGAGAGAAUCCGAAUCAAGGCUCCACACUAAUCCUCCGAUACUAAUCGGGGGUCAAACAUAUAUAUUAACUGAAAUACAGCAGCUGCCGCGUAACCUCUCUCUUUAAAUUUCUCCGCCAAUUGAACUGUAUUGAAUUGGCAAUCUAACGGCGCGGGGUGAGUGGAGUGGGACCCAUUUUCCUUUUGUUGAUUGCGGUCACGAAGCUCUUCCCGUCUCUCUAUUCAAUUCCCACUCUCUCUAUCGUCUACCUAUCAAUUUCCAUUACUGUCAUUAUUUAUUUAAAUAAACGCAUAAAAUAAAAUGUUUUGUAUUUUUCAUCGUCUCUCUCCCUCGAGAAAUUUAACUGACCCCGCAUUAGAUUGCGUAGCCAGGUAGUUCCUUCCAGCACCCAGUCCAGAAACCGCUGCCCGCUGCCCGAUUUCCCUCCUUUCUUCUUCUUCUUCUUCUUCUUCUUUCUGCCAUUACUUACCCUCACCCGCCCCUGACCUUUCUUUCCCACCCUCGCUGUUGCUUUGCUUACCUCCUCUCCUCUCCAUUAUUACUCAUAUUUUUUAUUUAUUUCUUAUUUUGUUGGGUAGCCUUUUUUUUUUUUUUUUUUCUGUUUUCGGGGGAGGGUUUUCGUCCGUUUUCUCAUCUAUCAACUCCCACCUCCCUCUUUCUGCCUGCCUCGCCUCCUUCCCUACUCCCACCGCACCAUCAUCUGCUCUCUUCUUCAACCUCCCUACUUUCUUUUGUCUUCUUUCCCCCCUCCUUUUUCUCUCUACCACCACCGCCCUCCCGCGUCUUUGUUAUCAUCGUCGUCAUCUUUGCCCACCAAACUAUCUGCUGCAACGGUGCAUUUCUGGGUCUCCUUAGAUCUUCUCGAUAACCUGAUCAUCGCCUUCUGUUGUUUUUUUUCCCGAUUCCAAAGGUCUCAUCUUUUUCUGUUUCUCUUUUGUUUACUUGCUUGUAUGGGGAUAUGGAACAAUUUGAUUUCUGGGGGUUUACUUCUGAUUUCCGCUUCUUCGUUAUUUUCCUUUGCUUGAGGCGAUCAUUGACACCGUUGAUGGAAAUUUGCAGGAUCUGUUGCUGAACCCAAAUCAAAGGUGCUUCAUAUUUAAGGUAAACGUGCCUCUCUUUUUUUGAUUGUGUAUAUGUAUGGAUGAAAGCCAUCUAGGCUGGUUUUUUCGAUUAUUUCCAUUUAGAGUGCUGGGCAAAUUCUGGGGUUUGAGAGAUUUGCUGGGUUCUUCAUGAAGAUCUAAUCUUUCAGAUUCUUAGGUUUUCCCGCACCCUGCCCGUUGCAUUCCGUUAUUCACUCUUAGGCCUUGCUCAAGCUCCUCCAUUUCCUGGACAUCGCUUUUUUUUGUUAUUUUGUUAUUUUGUUUCACUCUCCCUUGAUCCUACUACUUACUGAACUGGAGUUUCAUCUGGGUUUCAGUCUUAUUCAGUUUCCGACCAAAGUUUUGCAUAAUUUUUGCUAAGUUGAAUUUCAAGGGUUUUAAUCUCGUCUCUCUUUUGGGGACCAUUUCAUCAGUGAAUGUAAAUUUGAUGGAACUGGUAUCAUUUGCAAAGCAAAUGUCUUUCCUUCACAGAGGGAUACGAGAAAGUGAGUUGUUGAUCACAUUGAGCUAAGUGGUCUGAUGUCUCGAUGACCUUACCUCAUUGUUUCUUUCUGCUCUUUUUAGCAUGGUUUUCAGCCUUCUUAGACUUGUGGUGAAGUCCCUGUCCAUCUGGGUGCAUGACUCAGACUGUAAGCUUAAUUGCACAUAGUGUGCUAGACAAUCAGGUGCCUGAUGGGAUGCAACCUUGUGCAUGUAAUGUCUUCUGAAAUUUGAGACCUGCAAGCGUUAUUUUGAUUCGUAAGACAGUUACUACACGGUUAGGAAUGUUCUUUGGUAUGGACGAUAACGGAUGCCAAAGCUGUUUCCCAGCCUUUUGUUCUUUAUUGGUUGCCACGUAACUCGAGCAUUAGUGGCUCAGAAGCGGAAGCCCGUUUUGACCGAGCUUUUAGUUUUCUCUGUUUUCCUUUUUAUAUGCUGAUCGAUGGCAUCUGGAUCACGAUUCGUCAAUGCUUGAUCGAUGUUUUUUAGCGUUUCUAUUUGCGUCCAGACACGUGUCUAGGCUCUUGCAUCUGAACUUAUAAGGCAGUUUUCUUCUUUGGUAUAUAAUUGGAUUUCUACAUGUUUUAUCUUAAUAACUAGAUUAACUUUUAUUUAUUUAUGAAUUGGCUUGUAGCAUCGGUGGUUGAAGUCCAUAACUAGUUUAGUUGCUGCUUGUAACUUUGUGAAGUGUAUUUUUAGAAGUGUUUUGUUCUGCUUUUUUGCAGGGUGAAUCUUUUUUAUAAUCCGAAGCCUUUGAAGUUUAUGAUAAAUUAGAUUGCGGAAAAUGCUGGGAGGCAAUAGCAGCAAUCCCCUUGUUCCAGUUUUCCUGGAUGAGAACCGCAUUCCUUAUCAGAACAACGCUUCAAACCAGCUGCAGUUAUUUGGUAAUUUGCCAGCUGGAUGUAACGUUGAUGCUAUAAACUAUUUUGGAAAUGAGCAUAUCUCUCCUAUGCUUCAGCCCAAUAAACGAAGCAGGGAGCCAGAAGACUUUAGUAGACAACAAAAGCUUCAAAUUUCAUUGAACUAUAACAUUUGCAAAGAUGAAGCUGACCGCUCAGCAAGUGUUCCGAACAACCCUAAUGCUGUGUCAACUGGGUUACGACUAUCAUAUGACGACGAUGAACGAAACUCUUCUCUGACUUCAGCAAGUGGGAGUAUGGCAGCAGCUAGACCUUCAAUGAUCUUGUCAUCCCUUGGGGACAAUAUUCGGUCUGAGCUUGAUCGCCAGAAAGAGGAAUUUGAUCAAUAUAUCAAACUUCAGGAGGAGCACCUGGCUAAGGGAGUGAGGGACAUGAAACAGAGACAUGUUGCCUCAUUUCUUGGUGCUAUUGAGAAGGGUGUUGCAAAGAAGAUUCGGGAAAAAGACAUAGAGAUAGAGAAUAUGAACCGUCGAAACAAGGAAUUGAUUGACAGAAUAAAACAAGUGGCGACAGAAGCCCAGAAUUGGUACUACAAGGCAAAGAACAACGAAUCACUGGCCAAUGUCCUCAAGACCAAUCUCCAGCAGGCAAUUGCUCAGGGGGCUGAUCAAGUAAAAGAAGGAUUUGGGGACAGUGAGUUUGAUGAUGCUGCCUCUUGCAUUGAUCCUAAUAACAACUACCUGAAGAUGACAAUAGGUGGUUGUGGCCCUUCAUCAAAGCCUCUCUCUCGGCGAGGUGGCUCUAAAGAGCAUAUGACCUGCAGAGCAUGCAAAGCAAGGGAGGUGUCGGUAUUGUUAAUGCCUUGCAGGCAUCUGUGCCUAUGUAUAGACUGCGACAUGUUCGUCAAUGUUUGCCCUGUAUGCCAGUUGAUCAAAACUACCAGCAUCCAAGUAUACUUGUCCUAAAUUAUGAAAAAUUGAAAUGUCACUCAAAUGUGAAAGGAAAAAAAAAGGGUCAUCCUAACUCUCUUCUGUGAUAAAAGAAAAACCAAACCUCAGGCAGGGUCUUUCCUGGGAUUACAAAAGUUGUAUUUGGAGUAACCUUGUUUAUUUUUGGGAAAAUGGAGUUCGAGUAAAGUUUCUUUCUAUUC